AUGCCCGAUACAAUUCCAAUAGUUUUAUUUUUCCGACGAGGGCUAAGGCGCGUGAAUCUAUUCAUUAGAUUAUGGUUCCGUGCCAUACUCGUGGGUACGGUUUGGUUAAUAACACUCCCAUAUAUGACAGUAUGGGUAUGGCGGUUUUAUUUCUGGAGUGGAGAAACUGUUGCUUUCAGCAUUAAUGGCGAAAGGCCACCAACGAUAGAACAUGAUAAUAAUGCUACUAUUGCUAGUGGGAGGAGUACUCUCGCAAGUUUUUAUGCUUCAAUACUCAAAAGUACAUUAUGGUAUGCUCCCCCCGAAGCAGUUGAACUUGUUGAAGCAUACGGCGAUUUCACAAGUAAAUUUUUCGCCGAUACUGUUGAAGGCAUGUUCAUUACAUGUGCAGUCGUAAUCGUAUUUGUCGCGGCGUUCCUGUUAAGAGAAUGGAUCAUACAGAACACACCGCCUGAAAAUAAUUUAGAAGAAGACAUAAUUGACGCAGAAGAGAAUAAUGAAAUUAUUGAAAAUAAUUUAAGACAAAUUCCUCCCGAGGAGAUCAAUGUUCCUAAUCUAGAACCUGCACGCGAAAAUCAAGUUGGCGAUUUUAUUUUUAACAAUGGUAACCGUUUACCACUGAUAAUGCCACCGCAACCACAGCCACAACCACAACGUGACGCAAACGGAAUGAUCAUCCCCACCCUAAUCCGCGACGAUCGCUCCUUAACUGAAAUGUUGGAGCAAGAGGAACGAAAUCUUGAACCAACCCCUAAAUUUUUUCGUGACGAAGAUUCCGUAAUGGACUUACUGAAACGCGAAGUAAAUGAUGAAAAAUCUCUUUUAAAUAUUACAGAUGAUGAAGGUUCAUCAUCAUCACAUAUGCCUACACCAACUUUAGUCCGAGAUACUUCACUUAGUUCUUUGAUUGUUGAACAUAAAUCCGAUCUUAACUUAGAACAAGAAUUAUCAGAUGAUAUUUCUGUUUCGACAUUUUUUAAAAAUUUUGAAGAUGCAUCGUCCGGUUUUGAAGAUAUUGGAACUAGUUCACAAAAUAAUGACCUUGGUGAUGAUUCUUCUAAAAAUUCAAAUGGUAUUAAUGAACAAUCCAAUAUCCCAAAAUUUAUUCAAUCCAUUAAUAAUGAUGAAUCAAUUGAAGCUCGAGAUGUUGAAUUAGAAAGAGAUUCUUCAUCUCUUAUUGUUGAAUUUAAUGAAGAAGAAUCUCUUGACUUUGAAGAUGAUGAAACUGGAAAAACGAUCGGCAAUCAAAAAUCUCAAAGAUUGCUUUCGGACAAUGGAAGAUAUGAUGAAAUACCGAAUAUUUCGGAUAGUGAAGAUAUAAAUAUUCAAGAAAAAUAUCCACGGGAUCUCGGAGAUUCUUAUAGUCCAUCUAAAAUUAUAACGAAUAAUAGUGGAGUAUAUUAUGAUAAAUUUCCCUUACGCAAGCAUGGUUCAGCAUCCUCACUGGCCGAUCUUUUAGAUAACAGCGAUGAAGAUGAACUUUCUGAUUUUGGUGAGGAUGAAACUGAUAAUUAUGAAGAUGAUGUAGACGAUAACGACAGCGAUGAUUCCGAUAAUUCCGAUAAUGAAAACGAUAGAGAAAAUGCCGAAGCAGUGGAACCCGAAGCCCCCGGUGUUCCUGCGUUACCUGCAUUACCGGCACCACUUUUUAAUGAAGCAAUUGAUGCACCAGUAGCCGAUCAAGCUUUUGUUCCUUUAGGAGAAGCAGAAGGUGAGGACGAAGAUAAUGCUGCAAAUGAAGAUCUCGAAGGUGUUUUGGAAGCUAUUGGAAUGAGAGGAUCAUUGUGGAUGUUGGCACAAAAUUCUGCCUUGAUGUCAGUUUUAAUUGCAUUAUGUUUAGCUGGCUCAAUUUGGGUACCCUACGUUGUUGGAAAGACUGUUCUACUUGUCAAACCAUUAAGUUUGAUUCAAUUACCGUUGACACUUUUACGAAGAGUAACCGAUCCAUUGGUUGAUACUUUACUUGACACCACUUUACCUUGGAUCUGGUCUAUUAUUUUUCCGGUACUAAAAACAGGAUGGAAUGUUGCCAAACCGGCAUUAUUACCUCUAGUUGAACAACCCUCAUUAAGGAUAUAUCUUCGUGAAAUAACGGAUAGAACUCAGGAUCUUGUUUUUUACUCAACAUCUCUAAUGACAGAAUAUACACCGUAUUCAACAGUCAAUUCACUAAAUUUUACUACCAACGAAAUAAGUAGAGUACAAAACAUCACCGAGUUCCUUAAACAUCAUAAUCUAACUGUAUUAGUCAAAGUUAUGGAAAGGUGGGAUGGUUUUGCUUAUGGAAAUACACCAACUGAUAAAAUUGUAUGCAUUAUUUGUGGGUACGGUAUGGUGAUCCUUGUAUGUACAUGGUAUUUAGCACGUACUCGAAAUGCUUAUGGUCGAACUGUUAGUCGUGCAGUUCAAGAAGGAUUAAGACAACAAGGGAUUGUGUUAAAAGUUGCAUUUUUCGUUGCUAUCGAAUUAAUUAUUUUUCCGAUAAUAUGUGGAAUUUUAUUAGACCUAUCCACAUUACCACUUUUCAAUGAGGCUACUCCAACAUCCCGCCUUGAAUUUUAUUUUGAUUCCCCAUUAACCUCAACAUUCCUUCAUUGGUUUACUGGCACAGCAUUUAUGUUUCAUUUUGCAGUUUUUGUUUCUCUUUGUCGAGAUAUUGUCCGUAAUGGUGUAAUGUGGUUUAUUCGCGAUCCAAAUGAUCCACAAUUCCAUCCAAUAAAGGAAAUCCUUGAAAGGCCCGUUUGGACUCAACUUAAAAAAAUUGGUGCCAGUGGAAUAAUGUAUAGUGCUAUGAUUGUUUGUGGGCUUGGAAGUGUUAUUUAUUUCAUUCGAUAUAUCUUCAAUGGUAUUUUGCCUCUGCAAUGGUCAUUUUCUGAUACCCUAUCUGAUUUUCCUAUCGAUCUUCUAAUUUUUCACAUAAUUGUACCAACUACGGUUGCUUUUGCACGACCAAAACGUAUGUUUCGAACUUUAUUUGAAAAUUGGUGGCAUAUAACGGCGCGUCACCUCAGAUUGACCUCAUUUAUGUUUGGAGAUCGCCACUAUGAAGAAGAGGGAACACAUGUCCGUAAAACAUGGCAUGCAGUAUUACUUAAUAAAAAGGCACCAGUUCCUUUACCGGAUGACGUUGGUUAUCUUGAUGAACCCGAUGAAAGUGAAGAGGUUGUAUUUAAUAGAGAUGGUGGAUUUGUUCGUGCGCCAAGUUAUGAUGGAGUUCCUGUAGUACCCGGACGCCGGAUGUUAAUUCCAGUAACAGAGCACGGUGCCUUACUGAAUCCUGAAGACGCAACUGGAGAUGAUGAACAAGAUCAGUUAGGGUACACAAUUGUAUAUGUGCCCCCGAACUUCAAAGCCCGGGUAAUCAUGUUUUUGUUUUGUAUGUGGCUUAGUGGUUCCCUAUUUUGUUGUUCAGUUACUGUUAUACCAUUGUUGACUGGCAGAUAUAUUUUUAAAUCAUUUAUCCAACCCGAUCGUCCUGUUCAUGACAUUUAUUGUUUCACUAUAGGAAUUUAUAUUAUGUGGACAUUGGGUGUUUCCUUUGAUUGGAUGAUUCGAAAAGCCCAACUUAUUUUAGAAAAAAGAAAUAAUAACAUUAAUUGGAAGGUUAUUCGACGUAAGAUAUUGAAUGAAACAAUUGUUGUUUUUAAGGUUACAUAUCUUUUAGUGGCAUUUGGAGUGGUUAUUCCUUUCCUUUUAUCAUUGGUUGUUGAAUUAUAUUUCCUUCUUCCAUGGAAGAAACCUGUUACAGAUGUACCUAUUAUUUCCUAUCUACAGGACUGGGCACUAGGAAUUAUAUACUUAAAAAUAGCUUAUCGGGUCAUCUUUAUGUUGCCUGAUAAUACUUAUAGCCGAGCUUUUCUUGAAAUUACGGGCCGAGGUAUUCGACUUUUAAAUGUUAAAUUAGCAACAACUGCAUUUAUUAUUCCUAUUGGCGGUACUGCAUUAACAGCAAUCAUAUUACCCGCUUUGACUGCUAUGGCUAUUAUUUUCUUAACUGGAAUCGAUGAUACUGUUACAAUGGCCUUAAUUUAUCGAUACAUCUAUCCUGUAUUUUUGGCCAUGGUAUUUGGUUAUAGACUACAGCGGCAUAUGACUCAACUUAUCCGAGGUUGGAUGCAGAGUGUUAGAGACGAAGAAUACUUAAUUGGUCGUCGCUUACAUAAUAUUGAACAAUAA